UUUUACUGCAAAAGUUACUCACUCAAUUUACGCAAGUGAUGGGAAGGACCGUGGUUUGUUGAAAGACGCGUACAAUUCAUUUACUACUUCUUACUUCUUAGUUCACUCAUCUUUCUUUUUGGAGAUCUCUCUACAGCUUCAGUUUGUUUCUUUGUUUGUUUCCAAACAAUUAAUUCAAAUCUUAGGUUGUAUUCUUCUGACAAAGAUCUCAGCUUGAUUGUUUUCACACUUUCAGGUAAUCUAGCUCCACUCUUUCUUUGUUAACAAAAAUUAAUCUUUCAAAUUAUGUAUGUUAAGCUAUUUGUCUCUAAACAAGAGAUAAAGUUGUACAAAAAUGAGAGUUACUUUCGAAAAUGAGUUACUCCCUCCGGCCGUAUUUAUAAGCCAAAUUCUCUCAUUUCACACUUAUUUCACACUUAUUAAGAAAGUUGUUUUAGUCAAAAGAAAGUUGUUAUAUUUACUAAACUAUCCUUUACAAUAUAUUAAAUUUACGUUGGGAAUAUGCAAUCAUCUUAAAAAGUAGACAAUUAAUGAGGGGUAUUUUAGUAACAAUAACAUUUAAUAUAGUUGAAUUUAUAUUUAAGGCCAAAAAAAUUUGUUGACUUUUGCUUAUAAAUAAGGCCGGAGGAAGCACUUUAUAUUGUCCUAUUAAACUUUUAAAUUUUCGAAUAAUUUUUUUUUCAUGAUGCCUGUUUAGAAUACUAUAAAAAGUUUAUUUACAGAACUUUAGAAUUUUUUAAAAUGAGAUGAAUUUUCAGGCCUGAAUUUUGCAAUAAUAGCCUUUUCUUUUUAUUUCAACAAAAAAAACGUUGGCUAUUCAAAAUAUAUUUUCUUGUUAUUAUAACCUACCCAUAAUUUAGUGAUUAUUUUUAUAAUUAAUAGAAUAGAGUUAUGGAGAAAGAUAAAAGUCACAUGAUUUACAAUUUUAGAUAUAUAGGAACAAUGAUAUUUUGUAGAUGUUACUAUUAAGUUUAUAAUUCUUCUUGUUUCAUUUAAUUUAAUGUUACUUGACAGAAAGAACACAUUUCCAUCUUGGAGAGACUGUGCUUGAGAUUCAAUAUCAUGGCAGAGUUGGUUGUUGAGGCAUUACUUUCUUCUUCCUUUCAAAUGAUUUUUGAGAGGUUGGCUUCGGUUGAUAUCAGAGACUACUUUGGUAGUAAUAAACUUGAUAAGCUGGUGAAAGAACUUGAUAUUAAACUCAAUUCUAUCAACCAUGUCUUGGAAGAAGCAGAGAUAAAACAGUAUCAAAGCACACAUGUGAAGAAGUGGCUUGAUGAACUUAAACAUGUUGUUUAUGAAGCAGACCAAAUUUUGGAUGAGAUUGAUACUGAUGCAAUGGUGAAUGAGAUGAAAGCGGAAUCUGAACCUGUUACCACUAUUGUAUUGAGCUUCUUUCCAUCUUUAACUCCAAAUCCAUUUGAAUCUAGGAUCAAUGAACUACUGGAGAAUCUACAGUUACUCGCAGAUCAAAAGAAAGAUUUGGGAUUGGAAGAUGGUCCUUGUGCUAGUAAAGAAGGCUUAGUCAGCUGGAAACCAGCAACUAGAUUGUCAACUACAGCUCUUGUGGAUGAGUCAACCAUAUAUGGCAGAGGUGUUCAGAAGGAAGAACUUAUCAAAUUUUUAUUUGAAGGCAAUGACAGGGGCAACCAAGUUCCAAUAAUCAGCAUAGUUGGUUUAGGAGGGAUGGGAAAAACCACUCUUGCUAAGCUUGUGUACAACGACAAUACGAUGAAGGGUCACUUUGAACUUAAAGCAUGGGUCUAUGUUUCAGAAUCUUUUGAUGAUGUUGGAUUCACCAAAGCAAUUCUCACGUCAUUUGAGUUUUCAGCAGAUGGCGAAGACUUGAAUCUACUUCAACAACAACUGCAUGACAAACUAACAGGCAAGAAAUACUUGCUUGUUUUAGACGAUAUCUGGAACGGGAAUGCUGAAUGUUGGGAGAAGUUACUACUUCCGUUUAACCAUGGAUCUUCUGGAAGUAAGAUUAUUGUGACAACACGUGAAAAGGAGGUAGCGGAGGUCCUGAAUUCAAAGUUAUUUGAUUUACAACAAUUGGACAAAAGCUAUUGUUGGAGUUUAUUUGUGACACAUGCAUUUCAAGGUAGGAAUGUCUGCGAAUAUCCAAAAUUUGAAUCAAUUGGAAAGAAAAUAGUGAACAAGUGUGGAGGGUUGCCUUUAGCUGUAAAAACACUGGGACAACUGUUGAGAAAAAAUUUCUCUGAACAUGAAUGGACUAAGAUAUUGGAGACUGAUAUGUGGAGAUUACCAGACGGGGUCAAAAACAUUAACCCAGUGCUGAGAUUGAGUUAUCAUAAUCUCCCUUCCAACCAUAAGCGUUGUUUUGCUUAUUGUUCUAUAUUUCCCAGAGGGUAUGGCUAUUGCAAAGGUGGGCUAAUCAGGUUUUGGAUGGCAGAAGGUUUGUUGAAGUGUUGCGGCGCAGGAAAAAGUGAAGAAGAGUUUGGUAAUGAAAUUUUCGGUGAUCUUGAGUCAAUUUCAUUUUUCCAAAAAUCGUCUUCCUACUUUGUGAUGCAUGAUCUUGUCAAUGAUUUAGCAAAAUCAGUGUCAGGAGAAUUUGGUAUGCAAAUAGAGGGUUCUAGGGUGAAAGGUAUCCCUGAAAGAACACGUCACAUUUGGUUGUAUCUUCAAUUAAAUUGUGGUGAUAAAUUACUAGAGUCAAUUUGUGAGCGUAAGGGAUUACGUAGUCUGAUAGUAAUAUGUUGCACAGCUACGUCAGAUACGUUGAUAAGCAAAAAUGUGCAACUUGAUCUGUUUUCAAGACUAACAUGUUUGCGGAUGUUAUCAUUUAGUUAUUGUCGUCUCUCAGAGCUAGUUGAUGAGAUAGGCAAUUUAAAACUUUUGCGUUAUCUAGACCUUUCUCACACAAAGAUUAAAAGCUUACCUGAUACCAUUUGUAUGUUGUAUAAUUUGCAAACACUCUUGUUGGAAGGGUGUGAAAUGAUGACUGAUCUCCCAUCAAAUUUCUCCAAACUCAUCAAUUUAUGUCAUCUUGAACUCCCUUUUGAUCAUAGUGAUCGCUCUUAUAUAAAAAAGAUGCCAAAAAAUAUAGGAAAGUUGAACAAACUUCAGUCCUUGCCUUACUUAAUUGUGGAAGAGCAUAACGGAUCUGUUCUUCAGGAGUUGGAGAAACUAAAUCAUCUUCAUGGAAGACUUCAUAUUGAAGGAUUGGCUAAUGUCGUUGAUCCUGCAGAUGCUGCAAUGGCCAAUUUGAAAGAUAAGAAGUAUUUAGAAGAAUUACAUAUGAAUUUCUAUGAGAGAAGAGAAGAAAUGAAUGACUCAAUUGUUGAAAGAAAUGUAUCUGUCUUUGAGGCUCUUCAACCAAACAGCAACUUGAAAAGGCUCACCGUUGAAUACUACAAUGGCAACUCUUUUCCGAAUUGGUUAAAGGGUUGUCAUUUACCCAACUUAGUAUCUCUUAAAGUUAAGAGUUGUAGAUUAUGUUCUCAUUUGCCGGCACUUGGUCAACUUCCUUCUCUCAAGGAGCUUUACAUUUCACAUUGUGAUGGAAUAAAGAUCAUUGGCGAAGAGAUUUAUGACAAUGAUUCAACAAGUAUUCCGUUCAUGUCCCUUGAAGUUUUGAAAUUUGAGAAUAUGGACAAUUGGGAAGAAUGGUUAUGGCUUGAAGGGUUUCCUUUGCUUAAAGUGAUUUCUAUUUACAAUUGCCCCGAAUUGAAAAGGGUCCUGCCUCAACACCUUCCUUCUUUACAAAAUUUGUACAUAGCUGAAUGCAACAAGUUGGAGGAAUGUUUGUGUCUUGAGGGAUCUCCUUUUCUUAAAACGCUUUCUAUUAGACAUUGUUCCAAAUUGAAACGGGCAUUGCCUCAGCACCUUCCUUCUUUACAGAAAUUGACGAUUUAUAAUUGCGAAAUGAUGGAGGCAUCGAUUCCCAAGGGUGGUAGUAUCUUAGAGUUAGAUCUACAGAAAUGUGAUCGGAUUUUUGUAAAUGGAUUGUCGACUUGCUUGAAAAAGUUUGUCCUUUUACAAAAUCGGUAUACCGAGUUCACGGAGGAGCAAAAUUUAGUAAAAUGUACCAUUCUUGAAGAGUUGGAGUUUGAUUUCAGAGGCUUUGUAAAACGUCCCUCUUUAGAUUUGUGUUGCUAUAAUUCUCUUCGUAAACUUUCAAUAACAGGAUGGCACUCCUCCUCCUUGCCUUUUUCACUACAUCAGUUCAUCAAUCUUCGUUUGCUAGCGUUGACCGAUUUCCAACAGCUGGAAUCGUUACCUUGGGGAGGUUUGGCCUCCCACUUGGCAGAGCUUGUAAUACGCAAUUGCCCUAAACUGAUUGCUUUGAGAGAGGAGUGGGGUUUGUUCCAACUCAAUCAUUUGAGACGUUUUACAGUUGGUGAUCAUGAGUUUGAAAAUGUGGAGUCCUUCCCAGAGGAGAAUCUUCUGCCACCAACUCUUGUGUUUCUUACUUUGCAUAAUUGUUCAAAGCUAAGAAUAAUGAACUACAAGGGUUUUCUCCACCUCAAUUCUCUUAAAUCUCUAAUUAUUAGAAACUGCCCUAGUCUUGAGAGCUUGCCAGAGGAGGGUCAAUUACUCAUCUCCCUUGAUAGUUUGUGGAUUAACAAUUGUCCAUUAAUAAAGGAGAAGUACAAAAAGGAGGGAGGAGAGCGUUGGCACACAAUUCGUCACAUCCGUGGAGUGAGAUUUUAAUGCAGGCAGGUCUGCCUAGUAAACAUGAGACUUGAGAAAUGAAGCAGUCAGAUAGCUUGCAUCAACAAAUUACAAGGGAAGGGAGUUUCCAAUUCGAGAAAAAAAACCAUGGUGAAAGGGAGUUUCCAUGGUGUUUGAAUCUCAGGUUUCACUUCUACACAGUUUAUCAAUGUAUCAAAGACCAGCGGCAUAACUAAGACUAGACUAUUACGGUGAUUCUUAGGUGGCUCAAGAAGAGAAGGACUGAAGAAAUCUGGAGAACACCAUAUUUUGUUCAGUAUUGCCGUCAAGAGAAGAAAUCUAAGCAGGUUCAAGAAGAAGGCUUAAUUAGUUCACCAAUCUUCAUUCUCUGGAGCUGUCCGAUUAUCCAGAGCUUUCCAGAGGAGGGUUGUUGGCUUAUGAAGAGAUUGAGUUUAUUGAGCAGAAAAACUGAGAUGUUAAUGCAAGCAAGUGCACCAUACUAAUCUUUUUAUAAUCUAUCAAACAUUGGCCAAUAUUAUUUUCUUGACAAGGCCAAGUAUUUGAUAUAUAUGUUAGCAAAUGCAUUUCUGAUAUCUUUCUUACAGGAGACUUGAAACCAUACUCAUUUCCGUACACCGCUCUCAUUUCUGUGACCAUGAUAUACUCUUGCCACUGCGAUGAAGCUCGCGUAAGAUCCUGUUGCAACCUUGCAGGUCCCUUAUUUGAAUGGUGAAUGAUUAAUUUAUUUCUUAACAAUUACAUCAAAUAAAAAAUAUGUGUAAAUAGAAUAAUGAACUUCACCUAUUUUCUUAUUGUCCUUGCAUCAUGCCACAAUGAUACUUAAUAACAUUCUUCACCUAAAUAUUUAAAGUUGUGAUUUUUACAUAGCCACAAACAUAAAUGGUGCCUGCCUCAAAGAUAUAGUUGAACAUAAUAAGUUUUGCCUGCAUACAACUUCUGCAGUCUCUAAUUUUAGUGCUGCAUUAACACAAAAUUAAUCAAAAAACAUUUCAUGGCAUUCUUCAUUUUCAAUUUUUACUCAUUCAACGUAUUUAUAAAAAAGGUUUAAAUUAUUGAGAUCCUUUACAAUAAAUUUCACGUGUAUUCAUAUUUGUCAUUGUUCAUAGGUGAAUUAGUUUCAAAGCGUGCUUAUAUGGACCUUCAAAAGGGACACGGUUUGUAGAAGUAUAUUUGAAUGAGGAUUUGUUUUGAAGUAGUUGAAGGCUUUGUACGUACCAGGCAAAUAUUUGACUAUCGUGUAUCCAAGUGCUUCACUGAAGUAAAUGACCAUUCUUUGCAAAGCAUUACCAUCUGCGUUUAACAAAUUCGAGAAUACUCAAAUCUAACAUCUGCGUUUUUGUAUGCUUCCAGAGGCAACAAAUAAGUUAGCACACUCAAUUAGAGGGCUUAUUGAAUUUAAGUGAGUGGAUUAGGUUUGGAUGAGGCAUAAGGAUAAUGUGGUGAUGCUUAUGGAACUAUGUCAUUUUUGCGUCAAGUUAUCGAAGAAUGAUGAAUAAAGAAGAAAUUGAACUCUUGCUUUCCUAAGUUCUCAAACUGAUCAAGUCUGUUGCACGUUCUUUUGAGUUGCUGAAAAGAAAAGAGGUAGAAGAAUAGGAGGAACAUCUCAGUAGAUGAAAUAACUCCAAUUUUCAAAGAGGGCAAAGACCAAGAAAUGAGUCAAAGAGGGCAAACAUCUCAGCUAUUGUUAAUGUUGUAAUCUAGACAGUAGUAUUUAAAUACACAUGCAUUGUAAGGGAACUGCAGCUGCUCUGCAGUCAGAGACGUAAGCAAUAUUGGCUGAACUUAGUUAUCAAA